GAUGAUUUUCCCACAAUGCUCUGGAGUUUGACCAGUGUGGACAGUGAGGAAUGGGGUUAAGGAACAUUAUUAGCCCAGGAUUUGUCAGAAAGUGACGAGCUGAAACUGAAGCUGGAGGAUGUGGGUUUCACAGGACGACGAAACCAAACCCCUAAAACGAUCACAGAUUAUUAGUAUUUAUUUCCACCAUGCGGACAUGUGCAUGGGGUUUGUUCACGUUGCUCGCGGUUCUCUCCUUCAGCACGAGCCAACCGCACAGCCACUACACCGGAGUCACGAGGACCCGUAAAUACCUGUCUAAGGCUUACUUUUGCAGUGCAGAUAGUGAAUGUGAACCGAGACUUUAUUGCCAGGCCCCAGGCCACGCCCACUCUCAAUGCUCACCCUGUAAGAGAAGGGGAAGGCGUUGCCGUAGAGACCAAAUGUGUUGUCCUGGAAACGAGUGUCGCAACCAUGUGUGUAGUCGAGUUUCAGCAGAACACACUCCAGAGCAGAAGAACAGAAUCCACAGCUCUCCUGGACAACUGAAGAAAAACAGGAAGCUGAACAAACCACGCAAAGGUGAAAUGGGUGCACAAUGUGUGCGCUCAUCUGAUUGUGGGCGUGGCCUGUGCUGUGCACGUCACCUGUGGAAGAGAGUGUGUAAGGCAGAGCCUCAGGACGGACAGGUUUGCUCCAACCCCUGGCGCAGGAAACACACACACACUGGUCACACACUGGAGCUGUUCCAGCUUUGUCCCUGUGCAACUGGCCUCGAGUGCAGGACGCAGAGUCACACAACAAAACACACAAACACACACAACAAAUCACAACCACCUGCUGCUGCUGUCAGACUCCACACCUGCCAACAACUCUAACAGACAGACAGCGAUGGACAGAGACAAAAAGACAGACAGAGAGAUGGAAUGAGAGAGACAGACAGUUUUAUGGCUACAUUUUUGUUUGUGUAAUAACACAAACACAAAAUAGCACAAAGAUGCAACACAUAAACGAACGAGUCCAUCAGCCUA